AUGGUUGUUAAUAUCAAACUAUUUUUGGCGGUUCUUUUCUACUUGGCAUGUCUAAAUUUAGUUUUUGCUCAGGUACAACCAACUAUCACUUCAGUGGUCCAAGGAUCAGGUUCUGUCAUUUCCGUCAUCGGUACCAACUUUGGUAGUGAUUUGUCAGAUAUUGUAGUCUUGACCGACGGUCAACUGACCCUACCUACUGCAUUCAUCAAUGGAGGUGUUACUUUUAGUGCUCUUCCAACCCUCAAGAACGGAAUAAUCAAUAUUCAGGUUGGUAAUCUAUUCUCAUCCAACUUCCCACUUGUUUUGGCACCUGUCAUCUUUACAGUCACACCUCCUCCAUCAUUGACUGGUGGUAUCCUAACUAUCAGUGGUCUCUAUCUAAAUAGCGUAGAUUACCUUGGUAACCCACUCUCUGUCACCGUGCUAUUGGGAGACUUGCCAUGCACCAACCCAGUUGCCAAAGGAUCCAGUUUAACUUGUCAAUAUCCAAGUGGUCUCGGCGGGACUUUGGUUAGUUUGUCUGUUACUAUUGCAACCAAACAAUCCAAUUCUACAGUUAACUUUCCAGCUCCAGUCAUUACAUCGCCUGCACCUUUGACUCAAAAUACAACCGAUGGAACCAUCACUGUUUUCGGUAGAAACUUUGGAGUUGUACCCUCAAAGAUUAUAUUACCAAUCUCAAUUGUAUCUAUGAUAUCGGUCAAUGAUACAACCAUCAUUUUUAGGAUUCCCGAUUCAACUGCCAAUGGUCUGUUUGCUCUUACAUCGUUUGGACAAACGUCAAACUCUGUUCAAUUGAACCUCACCCCAUUCAUCAACAGUAUCAUUAAUGUACAAACCAAAGGGUCAACUACCACACUGACCGGUAAAUACUUUAUAGCAAAAAGAGCUGAUCAGACGCCUACAAACACCUAUUUACAAAUUGAUAAUAGCCCGAACCUCAUCUCAACACAACUUGAAAUACUCUUUGCCGUGUUUAAGUUCCCUAUGCCCGCCGGUACUGGAGGGAAUCAUUUGUUGACAUUAUCAAUCGACGGUCAAAAUGCUACCUAUCCAUUCUCGUAUCCAGUGCCAGGUAUUACCUCAAUCGUCCAACAACAAACAUCUGUAACCAACCACUACACGCAAACCAUCACCAUCGGUGGAUAUUCAUUUGGCAUGGUCAAUGCAAAUGUCCAAGUAUUGUUUGCCAAUCAACCAAACGUUCAGUGUGAUCAAGUAGCAGUCAUCACUGCAGAUACUUACAUCACUGCCAACCUGCCUAAAUUUGUGCUCAGCGAUAACAUCAGACUAAACGUAUCUGGUCAACUAUCACCUCCAGUCUACAAAUCAAUUGCACCUAUUCUCAAAUCAAUCACUUCGGCCGACCUACAAGGUGGAGAAAUCAAGAUUGGUGGUCUCUACCUCAACAAUAUCGAUGCUUUGGGAACGGCCGUUCCCAUAACAGUCACAUUCCCAAACAACGUUCCAUGUACCAAUGUUGCAAAGAUUGCCGAUGACCAAGAUAUGGGGUAUAUCACGUGUCAGGCUCCUCCCGGAAGUGGAACGAGUCCACUUCAAGUUGUUGUUCAGGUCGGUGCAUUAUCCGACACUAUCAACUUUACAUAUGGUGCACCUGUCAUCUACUCAAUUGUCGUCAGCAAUGAUAAUAGAGCAGUGUCUAUCAUUGGAAAGAAUUUCGGUGCAUUGCAGUCGGGUGUAACGAUUUAUCUUGGCGUUGAAGAACAGCCUGCAUUCAAUUAUAUCAAUAGCACGUUACUAGUAAUGGUCACAAACUCUUGGACUAGAAAUGGACCAAUCACAGUCAAACUCAAUGAUGGUAGAAUUUCAAAUCCAGUCUCUCUUUUUUUGAAACCUCUCCUCACACUAGUUUCAAAUCCUAUCAAAACGACUGGUGAUCAAAUGUCUAUUGUUGGUAUCUAUUUGUAUCCAAUUAGAAUGGAUGGAUCAGCAACCAAUGUAACCGUAGUCAUUGCUGAUCUUAAUCAACCAUGUACCAAUGCAGUUGCUAAUUGGGCAUCCAUUACUUGUACUUCACCUCAAGGUUCUGGUGUCAAUCAUAGUGUUGUCGUAUACAUUGAUGGAACACCGUCACCAUCAUCAGUUCCUGUAUCAUACAUUGCACCAUCAAUUAGUACUAUUGUCCAACAAAGCAACAGUGAUAAUCUCGUCAUCACUGGAACCAAUCUUGGCAUUGACUUUGCAAAGAUUACAAUCAACAAUCAAAUCAUUGCAACAACAUUAACCAGUCCAACAACACUCUCUGCUAAAUUGACAGGUCCAUCAAAGAAUGGAAACAUUAAAAUAACCGUCGACGGUCAAGACAGUAAUACUCUACCUCUCAACAUCAAAGCAACUGUCAACUCUAUCUCAUCCACCUCACCGUAUGGAGGUGUUGUUGAACUAGUUGGUAAAUACCUUUGGACAACUAGAUUGGAUUCAAAUACAACUACCAUUUCAAUUAGUGUUGGGGGAAUACCAUGUACAUCACCAGUGGCCAAUGGAAAUGAUGGAACCAAGUUGAAAUGUACUCUUGGUGAUUUGAGUCAAUACGAAUCAGAUAUUGAUUUAUCAAUUGACACUGUCUCUGCAUUCAUGGAUACCUAUUACACGAGUAGUCCACCAGUUAUCACAUCGGUUACAUCGUCGUUCUACCUAGUCGCAGGAGUUGUCACCAUUGUUGGUAAUGAAUUCUAUUCACCAUCUCAAGUCUCCAUUGGAGAGAGUCAGUGCAGUCAGGUUGUAGUUGUCAAUGCACAAACUAUUACUUGUUUAUUCGAUGGUGAUGUCGGCAGUGUCAAUUCAACUUUGGGUGUCUCUAUCCUUUCUGGACAAUCUGAUACAUUCACCUUUGAUGGAUUAUUCAAAUACACAUGGUUGCAAUGUUUGAACGCAUGUUCAUCACAUGGAAAGUGUGUCACAUCUGGUCAAUGUCAAUGUGACAGCGGAUACACAGGAGCCGAUUGUUCAAUCACAUACGUUCAAUCAUUGGUUCCAGCAAUUGACGCAGAAACACCAUCAGGAGGUAGAUUCACAAUGUUUAACAGCAGUUCCAUGGAAUUUUUCCUUUCACAUAUUCAAGAAGUUCGUCAAAACAAUACUAUUGUCCGUACUAUUGCUCUCACCAAAUGGGACUUGUAUGCACAAGAUAUUGGCAGCAAUACAACCACCACCUACAACUCAACAUCAACGAAUCACAACAUUCUUCUCUCAGUCGCUGAAUACUCUACACCAUCGAUUCAAUCAUAUCUUGGUGAUGAUAUUGUUAUCCCAUCCAACUCUGUCAAACACUUUAUCACCAUCGAUAGAUACAACUUUGAAUCAAUCAACUCUUCACUACGUAUCAUCUACCAAUUCAAAUCACCAUCAGAGACGGAAUACAACUGCAACAAUGAAACUACCAAACACCAAUACGACACAUCGUCAUCGGCAACCACCAUCAAAUCAUACACUAUUGACACACCAGUCGGUACAAUGAUGGCAUCAUUCAGCAACCGUGUCCAUAUCGACGAUGUCAAUGCAAUGGUCUCAUCAAUCCAAGCAAUCUCAUCGGUUGAUUCAUCAACACAAUCAACCAACGGUAACCAAUACAUUGCCAUCCAAGUUCCAUCAUUUGCAGAUUUUGUUGAAAUCGAUCCAAUAUUCUCAGCCACAUCAAAGACUGCUCCAUCAACUGAUACCUGUGUUGCAUCAGUAUCUUCAUCCUCUGCACCACCAAUCUUAUUACUAUCAAUCAUAUCAUCAUUGAUGGCCAUUCUCUUCUUUUUAAACUAA